GAUUGGGGAGGGGGGAGCUGGUGAUGUCACACCUCAUUAGCAUAUUCCUUGCUAUAUGAAGGGUUUGCGCAAAGCCAUCCAGCACUACUGCUGCAACCCACCGAGCAGAGACAUCUCAUCAGCGAGCCAGCGCAUCGACUAACUGCAACAAUGAGUGACAAGCCCGACAUCUCAGAGGUGACCAGCUUCGACAAGACCAAGCUGAAGAAGACGGAGACGCAGGAGAAGAACCCCCUGCCCACAAAAGAGACCAUUGAACAGGAGAAGGCAUCAUCAUGAAGCCCCUCCCUUGCCGUCAUGCACUGUACACCCCCUUCUCCUCCCGCAUUGCCUUGUUUUCAGUCACUUCUUUUAGCUGUAUAACUCUGUAACCGAAAUUAUGAAUCGACGACUAUAACCAAGCUGCACAGCCAUGCGGACGGAUGAUGCCUUCGUCAGCCUCGUCCUCCUCUCUCCGGUUCCCACCUACAUGCUCCCAUCUGUCGGCUCUGUAACAGAGGAGGGGGAGAGGGGGGGGCUCUGAUUUGGUCCAUGUCUCCUAAACCACCUAGACUGCCAAGGCUGAGCUGCAGGUUGAGGGACGAGGGCGUGGCCUGCGUUCCAGGAAGCUCAUCAUCAUCAUCAUCAUCGUCGUCGUCGCACCUUCACCACCACCUUCACCACCCAGCAUCCUGUGUGGCUGCUUUUGCGCCAAAGCUGAGGCGUCUGGCUUUUUUUUUUUUUUUUCGUCUUCUAAUUUUUGGAAAUGCACAACUUUGUUCGUACGCUGGCCAAAAUGUAAAUGCCCAAAAAAAUUGAUACUGUCACAUUUUUUUUUUUUUUUUUUUCUUUAUGUAUACACGGAUUAAAAUGACGGGUUCCAUCUUGAUCUGGGAGACGCUCCAACGGACCUAGCUUAGGGUCCAGAUGUAACAUACUAGGGCCCUUUUUUCUGUUUUUUUGUGAGCGAGUGAUUCGGGGGCAGCUCUUGUGUUUUGCAAUCUCUCUCUGAAUCGUCUCGCUUAAAGGAAAAUUGUUUGGGUAACUGGUUCUGUGUGUUUUGCUUUGAACUGUUAAUCAAACUUCUUUUGGAGUUUUUUUUUUUUUUUUGUAAAUUUUCCCAGCAGUCAUGUUACUCUGCCACAAACCAUUGCCAGAAAAUGGAAAAAACCGUGAAAUGUUGUAAUAAAAAGAAUUUGUUACUAAAAAAAA